UCAUAGAACAAAUAAAAAGAAAGAAUACUAGGGAAAACAAAUAUCAUAAUAAUAAUAGUACUUCCUCCGCCAUCAAUGGCGGGUGCUGCAGCAGAUCAAGAAACUGGCCUCCAGCUUGACAAUUACACGAAAGAUGGAACCGUCGAUCGCAAAGGCAACCCUGUUCUCCGCUCCAAAACCGGCCGCUGGAAAGCCUGUUCUUUCAUCAUCGUGUAUGAACUGAUUGAUAGAAUGAUGUUCAAUGGGAUUGCUGCAAAUCUCAUUAUAUAUUUGACUACCAAACUAAAUCAAGGCACUCUUACUGCCUCCAACAAUGUCACCAAUUGGACUGGAACCGUUUGGAUUACUCCCAUCCUCGGCGCUUACGUCGCCGAUGCUCAUCUCGGUCGCUAUCGCACUUUCUUCAUCUCCUCCCUCCUCUGCCUUAUAGCAAUGUCUCUUCUAACACUAGCAGUGUCAGUGCCAAGCCUAAAACCACCACCAUGUUUAGAAGCCAUUAGUAAAGAAAAUUGCAAACAAGCCUCCAAAUUACAGCUUGCAGUGUUCUUUGGCUCCCUCUAUUUGUUGGCGCUUGCCUCGGGCGGGACCAAACCGAACAUCUCGACGAUGGGAGCCGACCAAUUCGACGAUUUUGAUCCGAAAGAGAAGGCCCAAAAGCUGUCCUUCUUUAACUGGUGGUUGUUUAGUGUCUUCUCUGGCAUUCUCUUUGCUUCUACUAUUCUGGUUUACAUUCAGGACAAUGUUGGAUGGAGCUUGGGAUAUGGCAUUCCUCCUAUUGGACUGGGAGUUGCCAUUCUUAUAUUUGUUGUUGGCACACCCUUUUAUAGGCAUAGGCUCCCCAAUGGAAGCCCCUUCACUACAAUGGCUAAUGUCAUUAUUGCUGCAAUUUGGAAUUGGAGAUUUCCUCUUCCUAAUGACCCAAAUGAACUAUAUGAGCUUGAGAUUCAACACUACUCAAAGCAUGGAACUUUCAAGAUUGAUUCCACUCCAUCUUUGAGGUUUCUGAAUAAGGCAGCUAUAAGAAGAGAUUCAAGUGAUCCAUGGAGGAUGUGCACAGUAACAGAAGUGGAGGAGACAAAACAAAUGGUGAGAAUGAUACCAAUUAUGAUAUGCACAUUCAUACCAAACACAAUGGUGGCACAGUCACACACUCUUUUCAUCAAGCAAGGCACCACUUUGGAUAGAAGCAUUGGCAGCCACUUCAAAGUCCCUCCUGCCAGUUUAUAUUCUUUUGUCACCAUCUCCAUGCUUCUCUCCAUUCUCAUCUAUGACAGAGUCUUUGUGAAGAUAAUGCAAAGAGUGACCAAAAAUCCAAGGGGAAUCACAAUGUUACAAAGAAUGGGAAUUGGAAUGAUUUGUCAUGUUUUGAUAAUGACAGUCGCUUCUCAAGUGGAAAAGCAUAGACUUCAUAUUGCUGAAGAAAAUGGAUUAUCAGCAGCACAAGAACAAAAAGUGCUUCCCUUAACCAUUUUCAUUCUCCUCCCUCAGUUCAUCCUCACUGGAAUUGCUGAUGCAUUCCUUCAAAUAGCCAGUAAUGAGUUCUUUUAUGAUCAAGCACCAGAAAACAUGAAGAGUUUAGGCAAUUCAUAUUUUAUGACUUCUCAUGGAAUUGGGAACUUCCUCAGUACUUUUAUUCUUUCAAAAGUUUCUAAGAUUACCAAAAGACAAGGCAAAGGCUGGAUUUUAAACAACUUGAAUGCUUCUCAUCUUGAUUACUUCUAUGCUUUACUUGCAGUUAUGAGUGCUGUUAACUUCGGCCUCUUUUUGCUUAUUUCCAAAUUUUAUGUCUACAAAGCUGAAGUCUCUGAUUCCAUACAAGUGCUUACUGAUGAACUCAAGAAGAAGAAAUCAAAGGGCCUCCAACAAACAGGUUGAAAUAUGAAGCUAAGUUUUUAGUUGGACUUGCAUGCUUCCAUUUGUUGAGUUGUGUUAUGCUGUUGUUACGUAUGUA